AUGACUGGACGUGGCAAGGGCGGCAAGGGUCUCGGCAAGGGUGGUGCCAAGCGUCACCGAAAGAUUUUGCGAGACAACAUUCAAGGAAUCACCAAGCCCGCCAUCCGACGUCUCGCUCGUCGCGGCGGUGUCAAGCGUAUUUCUGCUAUGAUCUACGAGGAGACCCGUGGUGUUCUCAAGACCUUCCUCGAGGGUGUCAUUCGUGAUGCUGUCACCUACACUGAGCAUGCCAAGCGCAAGACCGUUACUUCCCUUGACGUCGUCUAUGCUCUCAAGCGACAGGGACGUACCCUCUACGGUUUCGGUGGUUAA